AUGGUCGAGGUUUCGCUCUCCAAGUUCAUGUGGGAGCGUGAGAGAGAAAGGCGUGUGAUGGAGAGCUGCUACAAACUGUACACAUGGAUAAACCACACGGUCCUGAUGCUGCUACUGCAGAUAUUCUGGAAAGUGAGCCAAAUAUCGGACUAUUUCAAAGAGAAGUCUAUAGAAGACAAGAAGCCGGAAGGUUCCUUCAUAUUGACGCCGCUCUCGAAGGAUUCGAAGCUCAGGAGGCAUAUACGGUCGAUGUCAGAUGUUCAAAGCAGCACUCCAUACAGGCUACCGUUUAGAUCGAGGAAAGGAGGCAACCACAUCCUCACUUACGACUCUGACACGAGGGCCAGAAGAACCAUGUCACUGAACAGGCAUAAACUGUUAGAGUCCUCGGAUUCGAGCGACAUUGACGCGAUGAAGAACCAGAGGAGCAUAGAGAACAACAUCAUGAAGCACUCUGAUUCAAUGAGAAUACUU